CCGCACUCUAAUGUCGUACUUUUAUUUAUUAAAAUAAAAAUAAAAACCCCACAAAAUCAGACACACUGAAGUGACCCAACCUCAACAUUCAUUUCUCAACGAUUCCAUUUAACCCCACAUAAGCUGCAGCUCAAGACACACACACACACACACACACUCUCUCUCUCUCUCUCUGACUCUUCAGAGUCUUUCCCUUUCCAACGGCACGUCGUUUCUCUGUACCAGCACGGCACCAUUAACCACCCCACGUAGACCAGAGUCGCCCGCCCACGGCAUCCACAUUGCGGUGGAAAGAGCAGAGCUGACCUUGGUGUUGCCACCAUAAACGACGACGUCUUUGCUGACUUCUGGUUUUGAGAGAGAGACAGGCACCCAAUGGAAGGUCGGUGCAAUUCUUCUUCUUCUUUAUCUUCGGCAUCGUCGUUCGGUUCUUGCUCCGCAUUGCGUGCUGCCAUUCCCAAAUCUCCUCCGCCGCCGCCGCCGCCACCGGGAUUGGAUUUGUACGGCAAGCGGAGGCAAAUGGUUAAGCUCCAGGUCUUGGAGAGAGAGAUUGGUUUGCUUCAGGAGGAGUUGAAAUCACUUGAUGGGCUUCAACCUGCUUCCAGAUCUUGCAGAGAGUAUGUCUAAACUUUUGUUGAGGCUUGACACAUUUAUAGGUGCUAAACAAGAUCCAUUCAUAGCUAACAGGAAUCAGGACGGUCGUAAAUCCCAUCACUUCUGGAACAGGAUCUGGGGAAAAUGUCGCUUCAAUCUUGCGUGGGUUUGCUGCUUUGGUGGCUGCUUGCCUCAUAGAUGUGCCUGCAAUCCGUCAUCAAAUUCCAAGUUCCAUGGUAGCAAUUGCAGAUGCUUGAAGAAAACAUUGCACCUAAAUUGUUGCAGUUUCCCAAGACUCUCAUAUCCAUCCUUUGGUUGCUGCUGUUUCAAGUUGUGUCCCUGUAAAUGUAAGAAGGUAAGCUUUUGUCCCAACUGUUGUUGUAACCCAUGCCGUCUGUUCGAUGGAUGCACUUGUUACUGGAUUAUCUAAACAAUUGUUGUAUAUAGUUUUUUAAAGCAAUACUUUUAUUUUCUUUUUCUUUUUCUGGAAAGUGUACAUGGAAAUUGGAAAUGCAAGACGCAUACUUUAUUUCACUUCCCUUGGGGGGUGCGUGGGUGAGACGUCGUUUUUGGAAAGAAAUAUUUGUGGGUGAAACGUGG